AUGGGGAUGGAGAGACCCCUUCUUCCCCAGAGACCCCAAAGGACCACCUUCCUCAUCUGUGCCACCUUCUUCUGCUCCUUUCUGGGUGCCUUAAGUCAUCUGGUACAAUUGCCUCCUGUUCAGGUGUUUGGGACACUGAGAAAAUCCAUCCUGCUGUCUGUCAAUAACAUUUCCGUAUCAGAAAAACUGAUAACAGUCGAAUGGGACUUCCAGCCACAAAAUGGAAAACGAUUAAUCAUUGCUGAAAUCAGAGAAGGAAAACGGGAGCGUCCCAAUCCCAAAGACCGCUUUGGGCCGCGGUUGGAACUGGAGAAUGAGACCACGCUGAGGAUCCGAAAUUUGGAGGAGGAGGACAGCGGAACCUAUUGGGCUCGGGUUAGGUUUCAUCCAGUAAAGAUUCAAUUACAUACCUUCGACCUCAUGGUCUACAAUCCUGUUCCGGAGCCAUGGAUCCUUCUCUUCCAAGAAGCCUCUAAUUCUUCAUCCAAAUGCAAUGUAACUUUGCGGUGUUUGGUGUCCGAAAAGGGAGGACUGAAUGUCUCCUGGAGAAUUGGGGAUGCUAUUGAACCCUUAGAAGGAGGUUUGGACUGGCACCAACUUUCCUCCGAGGGAUGGAGCCUCCACCUGUCCAACCUUUCCAACCCAAUGGACUCCAGGGUCACCUGCUUGGUCUCCAAUCCGGCCGAUCGGAAGAGUGCAUCUAUUGACUUGACCGGCACCUGCUCCUUUCAAGGUGGCAGAGAAAGACACUUGUGGCUGGUUUUUCCCAUUGUGACUAUGAUUGCGAUUGUGUUUGCGUUGGCGGCAGGCUUCUGGAUUUGGAAGAAAAGGAAGGAACAGCCCCACACUGAAGGAACUCUUGGACUCUGAACAGAGACUGAUGGCAACACCAAGCUUCAGCCAUCUUGCCAACCAGGACAUCGAAACAUUAUCAGUCUGGAUGGAGACAGGAAAAACCUCCCUGCUUGACAUUGCCACUUUCAUUCAUUCAUGCAGAACCAAAUUUCCCUCCUUGAACCAUAACAGUGUUGACCCCUGCCCAGUCUUGUGACUGAACUUUGUUUGGGCUUAAGGUUUUUGUCUCCUGGGCAAAGUAAGGACUGGGUUAUCAGCUGCUGCGUUAUCGGAUCUGUUUCAACAAGUCUUUGUUUCUAGUUGCCUGGAUUGUUAGGGACAAAGGGUGAGUUUGUAGUCCAUCCUAAGAUGUUGUAAAUAGGAAGCCAGCUCUAAUCUAUAAAAUAUCAUCUAAGGUUUUGUCGAUGUGGGGGGCAUAGAAUCCAAGAGUUGGAAGAGACCCCAAGAAGGGCCCUGAUCCAGUCCAACCCCCUUCUUCUGCCAUGCAGGAACUCUCAAUCAAAGCAUCCCCUGUGACAGAGGGCCAUCCAGCCCCUGCUUAAGACCUCCAAAAAGGAGACUCUACCACUCUCCAAGGAAGCAUAAUCUUCCACUGCCAAGUAACUCUAACCAUUAGAAU